GACUUAUCUAAGAUCACAUUUGAAGCUGAAAAUGAAUUGGAAGAAUCCUUGGAAAACGUAUGCAAAACAAUGAUUAGUCCUAGAAGCCGCAUUAAUGAAAGAUCUGAAGCAAGCUUUUUCAAUCAAUACCUAAUGCCUUUUAUGAAUGAAGUUGUCUUAGAAGGAACUGGCGAUGAUACUGUCUAUUCUUUACCGGCUUGCAAAAGUGUAUACCAAGAAGAAAAUGACUUUGUUAAACUUUUGAAGAUGAUGAAGGCUUCUAUAGACUAUCAAAUAACAUUAGGGAUAAGAAAUCCCAAGUCUUUUGGACUCUUAUGCUUUAGCUGUUCCUUUUACCAAAUGACUUUACUAGAAGAAGGUCUUUAUAUUUCCACUUGUUUGAGACGUUUUCAACUGGUUAAAAGUCAGAGCAUGAUCCUAAACGUGAUUCCAGCAAUAGAAGUCUUCCGCUUUAUAAAAGUAUGA